UCGUUUCUGUUUUUAAGACAGUUUAAAGAGACAUAACACUCAUUACUCCACCCUGCAACUCUCUGUUCAUGGUUCCCUUGAUGCUUGACACUAGAGCUAACUUUCAACCAUUUUAAGCACUUGCGGCCUUAAAAAAUAAGAGAUAAGAGAUGGGUUUUCAAGUAAUUCUUUAAAUUUUCAAAUUUUGGCAAGUUUCUAUUGUUUUGGGCUUCCAGAGCUACUAAAUUUCAUGCUUGUUUAUGGUUCUUUUAUGAGCGUUUCUUAUGAAUUUCUGUCUAGAGUCUGUUCUAGUUUAGAGUUUGAGUAGAAAGGAGAACCUGUAUAUAUUUGUUUUCUUUUGCUUUUUUGGCAGUGCAGAUUUCUGCAUGCAUAAGUUUUUUGCAAGUAUAGUCCUCUUUGGAACUGUGUUCUUAUCUUUUUACUAACUUUAAACUAUAAUUCUUGUGUUUAGUUUUCUUGAAGUUGUAAUUUGGGGUAUAUUGAAUUUUAGGUGAUUCAUUUUCCUUGAAAAUCUUAUCAAUUGCUUCUAGCAUUUUUGUAGUGCUGUUUUGCUCUAGAGAAAUUUCUUUUUUUGACUUUCGGAUUCCCAGGAUUGACUUGAAUUACAGCGUUUCAGUUUCAAUAUGUAUAUAUAUUUAUAUUCUCUCUCGAGUCUUUUUGAAGGAAAACCAGCUUGUUGUUGUCAUUUUGUUAUCAUUCAAAAUUUAAUCCUAUUUUGAUUUGAAUAAAUGGUGUAAGUUGUUCUUAAACAUGGCUGAAAUUAGACUUACAAGUGUAGGACAAGGUCAAACCAAGAUCAGAAAUGUCCCAACUGCUUUAACUCAAGAGGGUUUUUGGUGUUGUCCCUCUCCUGUUGUCUUUCAAAACACCAUUAAAGCUCAAAAUCCUUUAAACAAAACCAAACCCUCUUCACCAACACCUAAGACUACUGUCCAAAAGAAACAGACCCCUUCUAAUGAGAGAAAGCCACCACCAACUCCAUUAAGAUCAGCAGUUGUUUCCGAUGAUCAACGAAAUCGUUGCUCAGAUACACCUGGUGUUAGUGUUUCUAUUGUUAACGAGAGAACUCCAAGGCUUAAGAUAGAAAGUUUGCCAAGGAAGGUGGCAAUUGAAUUUGGGGAACCUGGAACCAGUGAUAUGAAGGUAGUCUUACUUGGAAAACAAGGUUUUUGUGUGAAGUUGAGUGUCCACAAAAAAGUUCUAGAGGAGAAUAGCAGCUUUUUUGCCAAUAAGCUUUCUGAAGAGGAGUCCAAUCUGUCCUGUCUAGAGAUUGAUGAUUGUGAGGAUGUAGAGAUAUAUGUUGAAACUAUGGGACUGAUGUAUUGCAAGGAGAUGAAGCAGAGGUUGAUCAAGCAAAGUGUCUCACGCGUGCUUCGAAUCCUCAAGUUUGCUGAAUUUCUUAGCUUCAACACAUGCAUCCAGUCAUGCUUGGAGUAUUUGGAAGCAGUUCCAUGGGUUGGGGAAGAAGAAGAAGAGAAAGUGGUCUCCUUGGUUACACGGCUCCAGAAUGAAGGUAUCGAGGUCACACCAGUUUUGAAACGAGUCUUUUCUACUGUUGCUAAUCCAUCUAAAGAUACAAUUUCCCACAUAAUGGAACUUGUUCUCAAAAGCAACGAGGAAAAAGGCCGGCGUGAAAUGAAAUCCAUAGUACUGAAGCUCCUUCGUGAAAAUAGCAGCCUUCCAAGUUAUGCAGGUUCAUCUGAUAUCUGCAACGAAACUAUUUAUAGCUCCUGCAGAAUUUGCUUGAAUUCACUACUAUCUCUGUUUAAAAAAGCAGCUGAACCCGAGUUUACUGAUAAGCCUGUAAACAGUAAGCAAACUGUAGUAAAGCAAAUAGCUCUUGAGGCUGAUAAUCUCUCAUGGUUGCUUGAGAUUUUAGCUGACAGACAAGCAGCGGAUGAGUUUGCUCUAAUGUGGUCUAGCCAGCAAGAGUUGACAGCCCUGCAUUCAAAGCUACCUAUAGUGUCUCGUUACCAUGUUAGCUGCAUUACAUCAAGGCUAUUUGUUGGAAUUGGAAGAGGGGAGCUGCUACCUUCAAAAGACACUCGUCACUUGUUGUUACAAACCUGGUUGCAGCCAUUGAUCAGUGACUACAGUUGGUUGCAACAUGGAUGCAGGUCAUUUGAUAGGAAGGUAGUGGAGGAAGGGAUUGGGAGGACGAUUCUCACAUUACCCCUGGAGAACCAACAGACCAUUUUGCUUUCUUGGUUGGGAACUUUUUUGAAGUCCGGUGAUAAUUGUCCUAAUCUUCAGAGAGCCUUUGAGGUCUGGUGGCGAAGGACUUUCAUUAGACCUUACAUGGAAUGAUGGAAAGACAAAGUAAUCGACAAGAGUCUGAUAGCUCAAUGACAUCAAAACAGGAGACUCAAAAGAAUGCCCACAUGAUCAGUGAGAGCAACUUUUAAAUGAUAUGCUAUUAGGCAGAGUACUUGCAUCAAAUCAAAAUAUAAAAGAAAAGUUCACACAGCAAAUCCUUCUGCGAAGGAAAACAUUUUACUGAAAAUUAGUGGAAUGCCAUUCAAUCGAAUUGAAUCUUGUUCAAACUACAUGCACUGAUGAGUUCUUUAUGCUUGAAGACAUUUUACUGAAACUAGUGUUUGCUCAUUUUAAUGCCACGGUGGUCAUCCUUUAGCUUGUU